AUGUCCUGGCUUCCCUUCAGUGGUGACAAGCCCAGAAAACCUAGCCGGAGGCGUGGUCAGGAUGGCUGCAACCCCCAGCUGAUCCCCACAGGGACACGUUCCCCGCAGCGCCAGUUCAACGCUUUCUCAAGCGCAGCAAGGCGAGAAGCUGGGGGGAGUCCCCUGCAAGAUCUGCCAUCCCCUCCCCCAGAUCAGCCAUCCCCUCAGCCUGAUCCACCACUCUCUCAGCCAGAUCUAGCUUCCGGUGGGGCUUCCCCAGCAGCAUAUGAACAUGCUCUCUCGCCAGAGCCUCGAACAUCAGCUGUAGGACAGCAAGAGGGUCCCCGUUUUCAAGAGGUUCGAGGCACUGAACAGGAAGGACUGCAAGCGGCUGCCUCUCAAAGUGCAGACGACGUCAAAAGGCACGCCUAUGUCAGCUUUAUUAAGCAAUGCUGCGGUGGCAAGGGUCUUUCCCGCAAUGACCAGAACUGGUUGCUCAGUUUUGCUGACGUCCCAGGGCUGAAAGGUGCAGCGGAUGUUCAAUCAUACAUUGAUACUUUACCGCAGCCGGCGGGUUGGAAGCGAGUGAACUUGGCAAGAGCCAACGGGAAAGAUGGCCAAGAUCUCUUCCUGGAUUACUGCGACGCUUACGAAGCUGUCUUGGGCCUUUGGCGGGACCCUGCCCACUCGGGAAAGCUGAUUCUGAAACCCGUGCUGUUGAGAAACAAGAAAGGGGAAAGAGUAUAUAAAGGCGCCCACAGUGGUGUGUGGUGGCAUGAAAUGCAGAAGGUGAUACCGCUGUCAGACUCCGUGCUUGCGCUUAUUCUCUACAGCGAUGGCACGCCCCUGAGUCUGAGUGGGAGACAGAAAGUGCGGCCAGUUGUGCUCAGUCUGGCUAAUAUUCCUAAAGAGCUAAGGGGAAGGUUUACAGGUUGGGUGUUGGUUGGGUACAUUCCUUAUGUCGAACCUCGGCCGGAGCUUGGCCUGUCUGAGAACUCGGACGCUUUACGGACUCGCCAACUACAGAUCUGGCAUGAGUCGUACGAGACGAUCUUACGCCGCUUGAAGCUGCAUACCACCACGGGGUUAGACGUGACGGAUGCCAGUGGGUCGGUUACAAAAGUGUGGCCUAUGCUUUAUGCUGUGGUCACUGACUGGCAGGAGGGUUGCGUUGCCGCUGCUACCAAGAGUGGCAACAAAACCAAGUGCCCAUGUCAUUCCUGCCUUGUUCUGUCCACCGAGCUCAACGACUUUGCAGCAGGCAGUCAAGCUGAUCCCCGCACUGAAGAAAAGAUGCGCCAGAUCUACGAACAAGUGGUUAGGCUUCACAAGAAGGGAGGCUGCCAGGAGGUCAUCUCCCAACUCCUGAAGGCCUGGUCUGUGAAUCCGGUUCAGAAUGCGUUUUGGAACUGGCCUGGAGGCAACACGGAGGCCGGGAAUCCGUAUCUUUCCAUCCUUCCCGAGAUCAUGCACCAGCUCGACCAUGGUAUUCUCCCCCAGAUCUUCGAAGCCAUCGGGACCUAUGCUCGGGACAAGUUUGGUCCGAGGGAGGGGAACCGGCUCUUGGCCAAAGCAAACCUGCGCUACCGGAGUUUCCGGAACAGCCAUCCGGGUCUCCGUCUCCCCAACAUCGACUUCCUGGGGGGUUCAUCAUUCGUCACGGCCUUUGAACACCGGCACUGCCUCUCGGUUGCGGUUUUUGCGGUCGUGGGCGUUUUCACUCUCCCAAACGGGCGAGAUGAAAUUACCACUUUGCUCCGUGAAGUUGCAAACGCCUAUCUGGAUUUUGGUGUCAGACAUAGGGGUUCGGGGCAUACGGACUCUUCUCUCGAAAAAGUCGACGAGAGUUGGGCCAGGGUUCUGAAGAUGUUGAGGAAAGUUCUGCCCUAUCAAGCAUCAGACUGGGGGACUUCCAAGGUGCACACGACUGUGCAUCUCAGUCCUUCUGUCCGCCUAAAAGGAGGCAGUGACGAGUACCACGCUGACAUCUUCGAGUCAAGCCACAAGUCCACGGCCAAAACGCCCUACCGCGCCUCUAACCGUUUUGACAUGCAGCUGCAAAUGGUCAAGCACGUGAAAGACCGGCUGGCCCUUAGGGCAGCUGGCGCUGACCGUUUUGCGGCGAACGUGAACGAGAGGGCUCUUCGAGUAAGGGCUGUGAAGCAGAAGUCGAAUCUGCUGAGCAUCAAGGGCAGAGGCAUCCGCCUCGCUCGGCUCUCCUCGCAUGCGCGGGCCGCCGGAAACUGGGACUCGGCGCUUCGAGACCAGCCUGAGCUGGUCCUUCUCGAACGGGCGCUCCGCGCUCAUCUCGGGGGCAAUCGCCGCGGAACGCAGGCGCUCCUCGAGAACCUUCCGAACGUCAAGGACGCCAAGAUUACCCGCCACCUGACGCUUGCAAUCGCCAGAGCCCGCCAGCCAGACGGGAGGUUGAAGACGGAGCUUGCUCGAGCAAACCCCAGCUUUGGCAAAAAACGCCGACCGCUGUUCAACGACGUCGUCGUCCAAGGGGAGGAGUUAGGAAGGAACGGCGGUCGGGUGAAGGUCCUUUGGUUUGCGCAGCUCCGAUUGUUGUUUUCGUGCACUGAUCAUAAGGGCAAGAAGCGAGCGUAUGCUUUCGUAAGGUGGUACCAGAAGACGGGUCCUCUAGACGUGACGAAUUGCAUCCGGUUGAAGUGGGAGAAGGUCAAGGGGUCAGAUGGGCGCGAAGUAGAUCGAUAUGGAGUUGUCGGGAUUCAGUCCAUCAAGAGGCUCGAGCACAUUAUUCCCGAUCCGAAUCACGAAAACAUGUAUUAUGUGAACGCGUUUCGAGUAGUGUAAGUACACCGUGUAUCGAUAUACAGGCUGCUUUUGUGUACGUAGCAAUCUGAUAGGGAGCCAGCUAGAUUCAGGACAUGUAAAUAUUUAUCUAGAACAACCAAGGUACAUUGAGUCUGAACAAUCAAUGGACAAGAGCUACUGUUAACUUCU